AUGUCUGCACUUCUAGCUUUAGUGUUUGUCUGUGCCACGGUGGCGGAGGGCCUUGAGGCAGGACGUUCCGCUGAGUAUGUUGUCUACCCACGACUUCUGGAGGCAAGAGGAGUGAACGGAGAAAAACUUCUUCACAUCGAUGAGAAACUUACCCUUCGUUUAGAGAAAAGCUCUGUAGUUGCUGAAAAUUUGGUUGUAUCAACUCUUAAUGUCAACGGGCAAGUGGAUACUUUAGUGGAUGGACGAGGAGUUGAAAAGGACAUUUACCACGAUAAAAGUCAGAUGGCAGCUGUCUCCCUAACAGAGAAAGACGGAGCUGUAGAAGUGAGCGGGGCUCUGGGUCACACGCUGAGAAUCGCUCCGCUGUCACUGAUGGGACGCUCUGAAGAUGGACAGAUUGCGCACAAAGUUUUUAAAAUCGAGGAGCCGGCGCAGUACAAAACGGACUACAUAGUCCCAACUGAACGAAAUCUCUGGGCUAGGCCACCGUUGCAACAAGCCGCUAAAAUUCCUGAAGUUUUCACGGUCGAGAUGGCAUUUAUUUUUGAUCCCCACCACAAAAAGGAAUUUCCAAAUGAAAGAAGUAUGUUAAUAUAUGCUGCAACGACAACUGUCCUGGUAAACAUGCGAUAUGAAGCUACUUCCAAUCCGCUAGUUCAAUUUGUUCUGGUUGCUGUUCUUCAAGGGGACUUUUUCGCGCGAACUGUAGUGGCACCAGAUGACUUGAGGAAAUCCUCUCACAAGAAAACAUAUAUGCUCUCCAAAGACACGCUGGAUAAUCUUGCGAAGGCUGUUCACACGGGACAGAUCAAUGUUAAGGCGGACCUCGUCACCUUCGUUACAAAGUUCGACCUUGCAAGUGUUGAAAAAGGCAUACUUUCCAACGCCGUUUUGGGUGUUGCCUUCCUCGGGGGAAUGUGCACUUCGCAUCUGCGUGUUGCUGAAACAGAAGACACGCCUCAUACAUUCAGCUUGGUCCCAAUUCUCGUUCACGAAUGGGGGCACUCGCUUGGAAUGGUUCACGAUGGAGACAGAGCAAGGUAUAGCACUCAAGCGUACCGAAACAUAAUUUGCGACGCAAACGAUGGCUACACGAUGGCACCUGUUGCCAACGGAAAGCGGAAUGGAGAAUGGUCUGUGUGUUCCUUGGAACACUUGCGUGGGUUUGUCAGUACUCUAUCCCAAGUCUGCUUUGAUCGGACGGCAGAAAAGCAUUACAGAAUAAACAUGACCCAACUUCCUGGGGCAGCACUCACCAAGUUGGAAUUGUGUCGGAAAACGUACAAAGGCUUCGUGGAUAUGACUGUCCAUCCCAAUUAUCUGAAUGCCCGAACGUGCAAUGUGUUUUGCUGCCCUUAUAAGUACGGAAAGUGCCUAGAAGUUCCUCUUAUGGAUGGAAUGGAAUGUGCAUACGGAUAUCAUUGCGUCAAACACAAAUGCAUUCCGAAGUUGGCGCACCAGGCACCUAGGAGGGCGCCACCUAACCGCGUUUUACCUCAAUCAUCGACAACAACCCCGACAGAAAGGACGACAACCACGUAUGGGCCACGACCUAAAACUCCGAGACGAAGGGCGAACAAUUCAAGAUGGUGGCAGUAUCGGUCAGGGUACCCACGUUCAACGGGUGCAGGGCAAUAG